UAUAAAAAGGUGUUGCGCGGAUCGCAAUGUGCACUCGGGAGCAGCCAACAAUAUGAAGACUUUGAUUGCUUUCUUGGCUGUGACGGCAAUUGUGGCGGUUCAUGCAUUGCCAACUUCACCGAUUCGGCCGCGGUGUAAGUGCAAAUCCACCAGUACUUCUAAAUCCAAGGGCACUUACGCUUCUGUACAUAAGGAAGCGGCAGAAUCACAUAAUAAGAAAUAUCAAUCUAUAGGAAAACAUGGGGAAUCUGUUACGAUUAUUGACAAAGGAGCUGGUGCGUCUCGAGAAGAUAAGAGUUCUGGUAAAUACGAAAACCAAAAUACCUACUCGAAUAAGUUUGGACACGGCGCUUCCAAAUCUAAAGGCACCUUUGCAUCAGAUAAUAAACAAGCAUCGGCUUCCCAUGACAAAAAAUAUGUUUCUAUUGGAAAACACGGAGAAUCCGUAGUUAUAACGGACCAAGGAGCCGGCGCAUCAUAUGACAAGAAACAUUCAAGCACUCACGAUAACAAAGGCUAUCAUGUAGGCAAGGAUGGGUCCUACAAUAGCUACGAUAAUAAAGGAAGUGAUGCUUCGGUUUCUAAAGGGGCUUCUGAAUCUCAUAAAAAGACAUACCAAUCCGUGGGGAAACAUGGAGAAUCCGUCACAAUUGUAGACCAAGGGGCUGGAAAAUCGUCAGAAAAUAAAAACUCUGGUGACUACAACAACAAAAACACCUACAAAAAUAAGUAUGGACACGGUGCCUCAAGUUCUAAAGGCACAUAUGCUUCAGAUAAUAAACAAGCAUCGGCUUCCCAUGACAAAAAAUAUGUUUCUAUUGGGAAACACGGAGAAUCCGUAGUUAUAACGGACCAAGGAGCCGGCGCAUCAUAUGACAAGAAACAUUCAAGCACUCACGAUAACAAAGGCUAUCAUGUAGGCAAGGAUGGGUCCUACAAUAGCUACGAUAAUAAAGGAAGUGAUGCUUCGAUUUCUAAAGGGGCUUCUGAAUCUCAUAAAAAGACAUACCAAUCCGUGGGAAAACAUGGAGAAUCCGUCACAAUUGUAGACAAAGGAGCCGGACAAUCGUCAGAAAAUAAAAACUCUGGUGACUACGACAACAAAAACAUCUACAAAAAUAAGUAUGGACACGGUGCCUCAAGUUCUAAAGGCACAUAUGCUUCAGAUAAUAAACAAGCAUCGGCUUCCCAUGACAAAAAAUAUGUUUCUAUUGGGAAACACGGAGAAUCCGUAGUUAUAACGGACCAAGGAGCCGGCGCAUCAUAUGCAAAUAAACACUCAAGCACUCAUGAUAACAAAGGCUAUCAUGUAGGUAAGGAUGGGUCCUACAAUAGCUAUGAUAAUAAAGGAAGUGAUGCUUCGAUUUCUAAAGGGGCUUCUGAAUCUCAUAAAAAGACAUACCAAUCCGUGGGAAAACAUGGAGAAUCCGUCACAAUUGUAGACAAAGGAGCCGGACAAUCGUCAGAAAAUAAAAACUCCGGUGACUACGACAACAAAAACGCCUACAAAAAUAAGUAUGGACACGGUGCCUCAAGUUCUAAAGGCACAUAUGCUUCAGAUAAUAAACAAGCAUCGGCUUCCCAUGACAAAAAAUAUGUUUCUAUUGGGAAACACGGAGAAUCCGUAGUUAUAACGGACCAAGGAGCCGGCGCAUCAUAUGACAAUAAACACUCAAGCACUCACGAUCACAAAGGCUAUCAUGUAGGCAAGGAUGGGUCCUUCAAUAGCUACGAUAAUAAAGGAAGUGAUGCUUCGAUUUCUAAAGGGGCUUCUGAAUCUCAUAAAAAGACAUACCAAUCCGUGGGAAAACAUGGAGAAUCCGUCACAAUUGUAGACAAAGGAGCCGGACAAUCGUCAGAAAAUAAAAACUCUGGUGACUACGACAACAAAAACAUCUACAAAAAUAAGUAUGGACACGGUGCCUCAAGUUCUAAAGGCACAUAUGCUUCAGAUAAUAAACAAGCAUCGGCUUCCCAUGACAAAAAAUAUGUUUCUAUUGGGAAACACGGAGAAUCCGUAGUUAUAACGGACCAAGGAGCCGGCGCAUCAUAUGCAAAUAAACACUCAAGCACUCAUGAUAACAAAGGCUAUCAUGUAGGUAAGGAUGGGUCCUACAAUAGCUAUGAUAAUAAAGGAAGUGAUGCUUCGAUUUCUAAAGGGGCUUCUGAAUCUCAUAAAAAGACAUACCAAUCCGUGGGAAAACAUGGAGAAUCCGUCACAAUUGUAGACAAAGGAGCCGGACAAUCGUCAGAAAAUAAAAACUCCGGUGACUACGACAACAAAAACGCCUACAAAGAUAAGUAUGGACACGGUGCCUCAAGUUCUAAAGGCACAUAUGCUUCAGAUACUAAACAAGCAUCGGCUUCCCAUGACAAAAAAUAUGUUUCUAUUGGGAAACACGGAGAAUCCGUAGUUAUAACGGACCAAGGAGCCGGCGCAUCAUAUGACAAUAAACACUCAAGCACUCACGAUAACAAAGGCUAUCAUGUAGGCAAGGAUGGGUCCUUCAAUAGCUACGAUAAUAAAGGAAGUGAUGCUUCGAUUUCUAAAGGGGCUUCUGAAUCUCAUAAAAAGACAUACCAAUCCGUGGGGAAACAUGGAGAAUCCGUCACAAUUGUAGACAAAGGAGCCGGACAAUCGUCAGAAAAUAAAAACUCUGGUGACUACGACAACAAAAACGCCUACAAAGAUAAGCAUGGACACGGUGCGUCAAGUUCUAAAGGCUCAUAUGCUUCAGAUAAUAAACAAGCAUCGGCUUCCCAUGACAAAAAAUAUGUUUCUAUUGGAAAACACGGAGAAUCCGUAGUUAUAACGGACCAAGGAGCCGGUGCAUCAUAUAACAAUAAACAUUCAAGCACUCGCGAUGACAAAGGCUAUCAUGUAGGCAAGGAUGGGUCCUACAAUAGCUACGAUAACAAAGGAAGUGAUGCUUCGAUUUCUAAAGGGGCUUCUGAAUCUCAUAAAAAGACAUACCAAUCCGUGGGGAAACAUGGAGAAUCCGUCACAAUUGUAGACAAAGGAGCCGGACAAUCGUCAGAAUAUAAAAACUCUGGUGACUACGACAGCAAAAACACCUACAAAAAUAAGUAUGGAUCCGGCACUUCUGAAUCCAAGGGCGAAUACGCAUCUUCGGGUAAACAGGCAUCAGAGUCUCAUGACAAGAAAUAUCAAUCUAUAGGGAAGCAUGGCGAAUCUGUAACAAUAACAGACCAGGGAGCAGGCGCGUCGAGUGAAAAUAAGAAUUCUGGUAAGUACGAUAGCAAAAACACCUACAAUGAUAAGUAUGGACACGGUGCCUCAAGUUCUAAAGGCACAUAUGCUUCAGAUAAUAAGCAAGCAUCGGCUUCCCAUGACAAAAAAUAUGUUUCUAUUGGGAAACACGGAGAAUCCGUAGUUAUAACGGACCAAGGAGCCGGCGCAUCAUAUGCAAAUAAACAGUCAAGCACUCAUGAUAACAAAGGCUAUCAUGUAGGCAAGGAUGGGUCCUACAAUAGCUAUGAUAAUAAAGGAAGUGAUGCUUCGAUUUCUAAAGGGGCUUCUGAAUCUCAUAAAAAGACAUACCAAUCCGUGGGGAAACAUGGAGAAUCCGUCACAAUUGUAGACAAAGGAGCCGGACAAUCGUCAGAAAAUAAAAACUCUGGUGACUACGACAACAAAAACGCCUACAAAGAUAAGCAUGGACACGGUGCCUCAAGUUCUAAAGGCUCAUAUGCUUCAGAUAAUAAACAAGCAUCGGCUUCCCAUGACAAAAAAUAUGUUUCUAUUGGGAAACACGGAGAAUCCGUAGUUAUAACGGACCAAGGAGCCGGCGCAUCAUAUGCAAAUAAACACUCAAGCACUCAUGAUAACAAAGGCUAUCAUGUAGGCAAGGAUGGGUCCUACAAUAGCUACGAUAAUAAAGGAAGUGAUGCUUCGAUUUCUAAAGGGGCUUCUGAAUCUCAUAAGAAGACAUACCAAUCCGUGGGGAAACAUGGAGAAUCCGUCACAAUUGUAGACAAAGGAGCCGGACAAUCGUCAGAAUAUAAAAACUCUGGUGACUACGACAGCAAAAACACCUACAAAAAUAAGUAUGGAUCCGGCACUUCUGAAUCCAAGGGCGAAUACGCAUCUUCGGGUAAACAGGCAUCAGAGUCUCAUGACAAGAAAUAUCAAUCUAUAGGGAAGCAUGGCGAAUCUGUAACAAUAACAGACCAGGGAGCAGGCGCGUCGAGUGAAAAUAAGAAUUCUGGUAAGUACGAUAGCAAAAACACCUACAAUGAUAAGUAUGGACACGGUGCCUCAAGUUCUAAAGGCACAUAUGCUUCAGAUAAUAAGCAAGCAUCGGCUUCCCAUGACAAAAAAUAUGUUUCUAUUGGGAAACACGGAGAAUCCGUAGUUAUAACGGACCAAGGAGCCGGCGCAUCAUAUGCAAAUAAACAGUCAAGCACUCAUGAUAACAAAGGCUAUCAUGUAGGCAAGGAUGGGUCCUACAAUAGCUAUGAUAAUAAAGGAAGUGAUGCUUCGAUUUCUAAAGGGGCUUCUGAAUCUCAUAAAAAGACAUACCAAUCCGUGGGAAAACAUGGAGAAUCCGUCACAAUUGUAGACAAAGGAGCCGGACAAUCGUCAGAAAAUAAAAACUCUGGUGACUACGACAACAAAAACGCCUACAAAGAUAAGCAUGGACACGGUGCCUCAAGUUCUAAAGGCUCAUAUGCUUCAGAUAAUAAACAAGCAUCGGCUUCCCAUGACAAAAAAUAUGUUUCUAUUGGGAAACACGGAGAAUCCGUAGUUAUAACGGACCAAGGAGCCGGCGCAUCAUAUGCAAAUAAACACUCAAGCACUCAUGAUAACAAAGGCUAUCAUGUAGGCAAGGAUGGGUCCUACAAUAGCUACGAUAAUAAAGGAAGUGAUGCUUCGAUUUCUAAAGGGGCUUCUGAAUCUCAUAAGAAGACAUACCAAUCCGUGGGGAAACAUGGAGAAUCCGUCACAAUUGUAGACAAAGGAGCCGGACAAUCGUCAGAAUAUAAAAACUCUGGUGACUACGACAGCAAAAACACCUACAAAAAUAAGUAUGGAUCCGGCACUUCUGAAUCCAAGGGCGAAUACGCAUCUUCGGGUAAACAGGCAUCAGAGUCUCAUGACAAGAAAUAUCAAUCUAUAGGGAAGCAUGGCGAAUCUGUAACAAUAACAGACCAGGGAGCAGGCGCGUCGAGUGAAAAUAAGAAUUCUGGUAAGUACGAUAGCAAAAACACCUACAAUGAUAAGUAUGGACACGGUGCCUCAAGUUCUAAAGGCACAUAUGCUUCAGAUAAUAAGCAAGCAUCGGCUUCCCAUGACAAAAAAUAUGUUUCUAUUGGGAAACACGGAGAAUCCGUAGUUAUAACGGACCAAGGAGCCGGCGCAUCAUAUGCAAAUAAACAGUCAAGCACUCAUGAUAACAAAGGCUAUCAUGUAGGCAAGGAUGGGUCCUACAAUAGCUAUGAUAAUAAAGGAAGUGAUGCUUCGAUUUCUAAAGGGGCUUCUGAAUCUCAUAAAAAGACAUACCAAUCCGUGGGGAAACAUGGAGAAUCCGUCACAAUUGUAGACAAAGGAGCCGGACAAUCGUCAGAAAAUAAAAACUCUGGUGACUACGACAACAAAAACGCCUACAAAGAUAAGCAUGGACACGGUGCCUCAAGUUCUAAAGGCUCAUAUGCUUCAGAUAAUAAACAAGCAUCGGCUUCCCAUGACAAAAAAUAUGUUUCUAUUGACAAAGACGGAAAAUCCGUAGUUAUAACGGACCAAGGAGCCGGCGCAUCAUAUGACAAUAAACAGUCAAGCACUCACGAUAACAAAGGCUAUCAUGUAGGCAAGGAUGGGUCCUACAAUAGCUACGAUAAUAAAGGAAGUGACGCUUCAGUUUCUAAAGGGGCUUCUGAAUCUCAUAAAAAGACAUACCAGUCUGUAGGGAAAGACGGAGAAUCCGUCACAAUUGUAGACAAAGGAGCCGGACAAUCGUCAGAAAAUAAAAACUCUGGUGACUACGACAACAAAAACGCCUACAAAGAUAAGCAUGGACACGGUGCCUCAAGUUCUAAAGGCUCAUAUGCUUCAGAUAAUAAACAAGCAUCGGCUUCCCAUGACAAAAAAUAUGUUUCUAUUGACAAAGACGGAAAAUCCGUAGUUAUAACGGACCAAGGAGCCGGCGCAUCAUAUGACAAUAAACAGUCAAGCACUCACGAUAACAAAGGCUAUCAUGUAGGCAAGGAUGGGUCCUACAAUAGCUACGAUAAUAAAGGAAGUGACGCUUCAGUUUCUAAAGGGGCUUCUGAAUCUCAUAAAAAGACAUACCAGUCUGUAGGGAAAGACGGAGAAUCCGUCACAAUUGUAGACAAAGGAGCCGGACAAUCGUCAGAAUAUAAAAACUCCGGUGACUACGACAACAAAAACACCUACAAAAAUAAGUAUGGAUCCGGCACUUCUAAGUCCAAGGGCGAAUACGCUUCUUCAGGCAAACAGGCAUCAGAGUCUCAUGACAAGACAUAUCAAUCUAUAGGAAAGGAUGGUGAAUCAGUGACAAUCAUUGAUGAAGGAGAAUCGUCAUCUAAAGAAAGUGCCAGCUCUGGUUCCUAUAGUAACGAAUCUACAAACGAGUCUGCUGAUGGCAGCGUAAAUACCCACAGUUCCACCGGUGACUUCGCUUCGGAGAGCAAAGAGACAGCAACAGAUGCUGAGAAAACGUACGAGUACACGUUAUAAUUUUGAACCCGAUAAGGAUUAAUUCGAUAAGGAUUUGAAUCAAAUAUAAUUUUGUUUUAAUGUUUUGACUGAAAAUUAUACUACUAGGGAACAAAUCAAAUUAUUUUCUUGAAUAUUUUUUUUUGAUUUGUUCUUUUUUUUCAAGUAGU